AUGAACAGCAUAACCAAACAACUCCGACGCGAGUUUCGGGACUCUGCACUUUCUCAAGGAGUAUACGUCAUGAAGCCUCUUCAACAUCUCUUUGAUUACCCUGGUAGAAUCAGCUUGCUGUACACUCUAGACAACAAGAAAGAGAAAACGGAAAGGAAAGGGAAGCUACCACCGACAUUACCGAAGCAUCAGAUGCCACUACAAUUAAAGACCCUGGAGUGCAGCCUACACUUAGGACCCAGGGGGGCCAUGCAACCAAGCACACAGUUGACAUUGGACUGUUUUCACAUGGAUCCUCCCAACUUGCCCCUUUACAUGCCGGCAAUGCAAUAUGGAGACUACGAAGUGGUGGAGACCGCUACGGGAGAAGGAAACACAAAGAAACAGCUUCACUUACCACCGGACAUCCUACCACACAACAAGCCUGUCCUCAACUCCAGCUUGGCACCCGUGCAACUCACCCCUGCAAUCCACACCAUAAAGACAAAGCAUGGUCACACCAACAAUAAAGGUACAAUGGUAAAAGCAUUUAAAACGCCAUCCCCACGGGGACCCCUUGACACAGCAAGACCACUUACUUCACCCCUAUUGAGGACCGGGACUAGACGGGUGCCCCGGGGUCUUGGGGGAAUGCCCUGGAGAGCCGUGACCUCAAUGUUCUGGGCAAACAGGACUGUGACCAGAUCAAUGUUUUCCCCGCAAGUUCCCAUAGAGACUUGGAACAAUUCCUUUUUGCGUCAAUAUCUGCAGAACGUUCACUUCUCACUUCUCUCUGAUACAAUCUAUUUUGAUGAGGUCGGGAGCCGCCCAGGGUAUUAUGAUAUUGUCAAUUGGAUAUUCCCUGAUGGUCACACCGUGAUUGGAAACUUCAAUGCUUCUGCACCAGAGAAAGAUCAGCUUUUUAUCAAUACAACAGCAUUCCAGUGGAACCAAAAGUUCAGAAAGAUUCCUCGCUCCACGUGCAGUGAUACCUGUCAGCCGGGCUAUAGAAAAUCUACUCGUCAGGGUGAGCCCAGCUGUUGCUAUGACUGUGUUCCGUGUUCUGAAGGCGAGAUCACUAAUGCAACAGACAUGGAAACCUGCAUUUCGUGCCCUGAAGAUCAGUGGUCCAAUCAAGGAAGAGACACCUGUAUUCCAAGAACUGUAGAGUUCCUCUCUUAUGAAGACCCGAUGGGUGCUGCACUUGCUGCUGUGGCUGUUGUCCUGGUUGUAAUAACAGCAUUAGUGUUGGGACUUUUUAUAUUAAAUUGGGACAGCCCUGUAGUCCGAGCCAAUAACAGGGGCCUCAGCUUCUUGCUCCUCAUUGCCCUCAUGUUAUCCUUCUUCUGCUCCUUGUUAUUCAUUGGGUAUCCUGGGAAAAUUACUUGUAAACUGCGACAAACAGUAUUUGGACUUUUUUUCACUGUUGCUGCCUCUUCUGUCCUGGCUAAAACCAUCACAGUUGUUAUUGCAUUCAAAGCCACAAAGCCUAAUAGCAAAUUAAGAAAGAUAUUAAGGACCAGCAUUUCCUACUGUUUUGUCCUUGUCUGCACAUUGGGUCAGGCUGCUAUAUGCACUGUGUGGUUAAUUACUUCUCCUCCUUACCCAGACUAUGACACCCAGUCCAUCACAGGGAAGAUGAUAUUAAAGUGUAAUGAGGGAUCCCCUAUUGCAUUCUAUAUUGUUGUUAGCUACUUGGGAGUUCUGGCCGCUCUGAGUUUCGUUGUUGCAUUUGCAGUAAGGAAGGUUCCUGACCGUUACAAUGAAGCCCAGAUGAUCACCUUCAGCAUGCUGAUGUUUUGCAGUGUCUGGAUCACCUUUGUCCCAGCCUACCUGAGUUCCAACAGCAAAUACAUGGUGGCUUUGGAGAUCUUCGCCAUCCUGACAUCCAGCAGUGGGAUACUGGGCUGUAUCUUCUUUCCCAAGUGUUACAUCAUCAUGCUGAGACCAGAACAGAAUGUGUGUUUGCUAAAACCCCGACCGCACUGUAACAUAGGUGUACAAUAUUAUUAA